CUCCAGAAAAUUUUGUAAGUUUUAUUUUACAUCGUUCACUCGUGUCUCUAUAUAUGAUUGUGAUUCUUUAUUAUAAUGUGCAUUUUAACAAAAUUAAAGAACUUAUUAUAAAAUCUAAAAAUUAUUUUAUAUUUUUAAAAGUGUACAUAUCAUAAUAAGUUUUUUAUAUUUUUAUAAUAUCUUGUAAUGUAUUGCAUGUUAGUUACAAAGUAAUGCUAAAAAUUUGGUUGGAUGUUUGCAAUCUUAUAGAUGAAACAUAACCAGAACACAUUCAAAGAUUUUCCCACUUAUGUAGAUUCAAUUGAAAGUUAUAAGAACUAUUUAAAUUCAUAACUUUUAAAAAAUUUGAAUAACUUGCUCUUUUUCUAAUAUUAAUAGAUAAUGAAAUUAUUUUGAUAUUGGAAAAUUAUUGAAUUACACAAAUUAAAGUUGAACAAGCCAAUGAAGCGAAAGCAGCCAUCUUGGAAAAUCCUUUUUCGCAUUUCGAACGAACGAAGUGUCAAAUAUCGAUAAUUAUUUCAUCUCAGACGACUGAACUAAAAAUUUUUACAAGAAUUUUGCUUUCUUAGAAAAGUUAGAUUUUUUAAAGCGAUCUCAAAAUUGAAAUGUAAAAAUUAAUUUCGCGCCAUAAAAUAAUAUUAUUCAAUAGUUGCAUUUAAAAGUAAGAAAAAUAUACAAGCGAGUUGCGAUACAAACAACUCGAGUAAGAAAGGGGUAGGAGAAUUUUUCUAUUGAAAGUUGGAAAUAAUAUAAGCAAGACGGCUUCGCAAAAAAAAUCGUCUAAGAAGAUGGCGGAGACCAAAGAAUUAGAGAAUAUGAUAUUGAGUUUUCGAGUGUCUGAACUUCAGAUGCUUCUUGGUUUUGCUGGUAGAAAUAAAUCAGGUAGAAAAAACGAAUUACAAGGUCGUGCAUUAGAAUUGUUACGUUUGAGGUCUCAUCCAAUUCAACUCAAAAUACGUGAACUAUAUAAAACUAUACAAGCUGAUCAAUUAGCUGCACAUCAAAUGUAUGGUCAAACAGGUAGUUCUGGUGAGCCACAGAUAGAUCAAAACAUGCAUUCCAGAAAUUAUUAUACAAGACAAGCUAUCAGUCAGCAACAACAAUCACAGUCUUCAGUUUCUAGUGGAAAAGAUUUGCCACCUGCUCAUCAAGCAUCACUACCUCAAGCACCUAGAACUAAUCCAGUGUAUCAAUCAGGAUAUACUAGUGUAACACCACAACAAACAACAAGUGCAGCUUACAAUCCAUAUCCAUAUACACCAAAAGUUUUACCAUCACCAUUACAAAUUCAACCCAGAAGUCAGUAUCCUGUUCAUCCAGAUGUCAGACUUAAAAAGCUACCAUUUUUUGAUUUAUUGGCUGAGUUAUUAAAGCCAUCUAGUCUAAUGCCUCAGGGGUCUAUGCGACUUCAAGAAAAUACAUUUAUGUUUCAUUUAACACCACAGCAAUCAACAGAUGUAGCAAGUUCGCGUGAUUGUCGUGCAGGAAGUAAAAUGGAUUAUACAGUACAGAUACAAAUGCGAUUUUGUUUACAAGAGACUUCAUGUGAACAAGAAGAUUGUUUUCCACCAAGUAUUGCUGUAAAAGUUAAUGGAAAAUUAUGUCCCUUACCUAAUCCAAUACCUACUAAUAAACCCGGAGUAGAACCAAAGAGGCCACCAAGGCCUGUUAAUAUUAGUCCUUUAGUUAAAUUAUCUCCUACUGUAGCAAAUCAAAUUCACGUAACGUGGUCGGCUGAUUAUGGCAGACGAUAUGCAAUUGCGAUAUAUCUAGUAAGAAAACUUUCAAGUGCUGAAUUAUUAUCAAGGUUAAAAAGUAGAGGUGUUCGACAUUCGGAUUAUACAAGAGGUUUAAUUAAGGAAAAACUUAACGAAGAUGCAGAUAGUGAAAUAGCGACAACUUCACUUAGAGUAUCUUUAGCUUGUCCAUUAGGUAAAAUGCGAAUGAGUACACCAUGUCGGGCGACAACAUGUUCGCAUUUGCAAUGUUUUGAUGCAUCAUUGUUUCUUCAAAUGAAUGAAAGAAAACCAACAUGGAAUUGUCCAGUUUGUGAUAAACCAGCGUUAUAUGAUAAUCUCGUUAUCGAUGGAUACUUCCAAGAAGUAUUAAAUUCUAAGAAAUUAUUACCAGAUGUAAAUGAAAUUCAAUUAUUGCAAGACGGAUCUUGGGAAAAUUUAGUUUUAAAAAAAGAAAAGGAUAAAGAGAAGAACGAAACAAAAGUUAUUACAAAUUCGCAAGAUCGUAAAAUCGAUGUUGAUACAGUUGAUCUUGAUGAAAGCAGCCUUACACCUCAAAAGGAAAAGAAACGAGCUGUUGUGAUUGAUUUAAUAUCAGAUAGUGAUGAUGAUGAUGAACAUACCACACCGACACAAAGUACAAAAAAAAUUGCUAGUGGUACUUCUUCACCAAAAAAAUCACAAACUAGCUCGAUUAGCAGUACAAGCGAAUCGCCAGAAUUAAUGAUAAUCGAUUUAGAGUAGAAUUUUUUGUAUUUAUUAAAUUUAUUAUUAUCAAAUUGCCAAAUUUUAAAGCAAAUAUGCAAUUUUGUACAGAAGAAAAACUAAAAGUUUAAUAGUUUUAUGAUUAUCUUACACAAAAGUUACUGUAUAGUAAUAAGUAUAAUUCAUAACGUUUUUACUUUUGGUACUUAAAAUUUGACAAAAAUAAGCAAAAUAUUUUUUUUUAUAUAUGUAUAAUAAUCUAGCAUUCCUUCAUUAGAUAUGUAGAGAUGAUACAUUAUUUGUUUGAUACAUUAUUUAACUCAUAAUGUAUAAAUAAGAUCAAAUUAAUUUAAAUAAUAAAUUGCUUUAUUAUACUUUUUCAUUAUCAUAAUAAAAUCAUAUAAUUUCGUCUAAAAUAAUAGUCAUUUUGAAUUUUAAGGUUAUUUUGUAAUAUAAAUUUCUUAUUAACUUUAAUGUGUAAAUGAAAGAGUGAAAUAUAAAAUGUAAAUACUUGUAUUACAAA